UCAGCCGGACGCGCCGCUCGCGGCCCCGCCCCGCCCUUGCCCGCUGCCCUCAGGCCCCGCUCAGCCCCCCCCGCUGCCGCCCCGCCAUGGCGGAGGAGAAGCCCCGGGAAGGUGUGAAAACGGAGAACGAGCACAUCAGCCUGAAAGUUUCCGGGCAGGAUGGCUCCGUGGUGCAUUUCAGAAUAAAGCGGCACACUCCGCUGAGCAAGCUCAUGAGGGCGUACUGCUGCCGGCAGGGCUUGUCAAUGAAGCACAUUACCUUCCUGUUUGAUGGACAGCCAAUUAGAGAAGAAGACACACCUGCAGAGCUGGAGAUGAAACACAAGGACACGAUCGAAGUGUACCGCCAGCAGACAGGUGGAGGCUGCUAAGACACAGCAUCUUUUGGAGAACAGUUUGAGGAUACUCAUCACACCUCACUCUCUUGUGUGUCCUUGGAUUUGCUGUUUUAUUAGGGAACAAAUGAACAUGCCAGUCUCACAGGGUUCUUUGAAUCUCCACAGGAUAUUUACCAAAGUAGCUUGUUGUCUUUGACGUUCUGAGUGCACAAGUCAAAAUAGUAUCUGCAGGGAUUGAGCUGUGUCUGAAUUCAGCCAUUUUUAAUUCAGAUUAAGAAAUGUGUGUUACUGUUGUUUGCCUUUUAAAAAAAAAUUAUUGUUUGUGUUAUCUCUUUUUUCUCUCUCUUUAAACCUGUGGCCUAAGCAUCCAUCCAUGUGUUGGGACACUGGUUUUUCUUUCCUGGCUCUGGUUGGUCUUGCCCCUCUGUUUUAACUGAAGUUAUAUAAAUAGUUCAAUGUAUUUUCAUAGCAAGUGUGAGUGUAAAAGUUUCCUUUUAAGAUGCGUGUGAGAGAAGGAACACAGAUACAGGUUUUAAAUUUUUAGCUCGUGUUACAAAUUCAGUCAGUCCCUUGGGCAGCAUCUUGCCCUUGACUGGGGCUAGAACACCAUACAAUGCUCAGGAUAGGGUUUACAUACUUAAAGUUUAUAUGUGUUUUUUUAUAUUGUGAUAAAGUAGGCCAAAAUAUAGUUUUUUAAUGCAGAAAUGGGAAUAUUUUGUCUUGCACUAUUGCAGAACUGGAGGUAGCAGGGCAGCUGGUCCAAAAACUUAAUGCUUGUGAUAGAGUAGCUGUGUGUUUUUGUUGUGAAAGCUUAUAAAAAUCCCAUCACUAAAAUUCCAGCUGUUUGCCAAGGGCUGGGCAGCAUCUGUCCCGUUGCCUCUUUCUCUGUGGGCAUUGGAAGUUUGCAGACUCAGGUUUCUUUUUAAUACUUCUUUUUGGUAGAUAAACUUUGUAAAUGAAGGGGAGAAAUGCCUUUUAACGUCACCAAACUAUGCAGAAGAGCUAGUAAGUGAGGAGAGACAUUUAGGUGUCUUCAAAAUAAUAUUAAUAAACUGUUGCCCCUCCAA